CCCCCCCCCGCGCCCUGCCCACGCCGCCCCUGCGGCUGUCGGCUCCCCCUCGUGGCCCCCCGCCGCCCCCCUUGCGCCCGGGCUCCGGCGUGCGGGACACCUUGGCAGUGUGGCAGGAGCCGGGCUGGGGGCAGGCUGCAAGUGCCGUGCUAGGCGCAGCGCCCGGGCAGGGAGGCGGCGGCAGGAGGAGCCUGCAGUGAUGCGCACCCAGCGGCCGCUCCUCUGACACGCUCUCCUUGGCACCCAACUUGGGAGGGGAGCUGCCCAGCCUGGCACCGGCGGGAUCCAGCGGCAGGGGCGGGACCCUUCCCCGGGCUCGCCUCCCUCGGCUUGCCGAGACCCGCGUCCCCCAAGCGCGUCGGGAGGAGGCGAUCCCGGGCCGGGGAGCUGGGGGGGCUCGGGGGGUGGGGUGUGAAGCCGGCAGCCGAGGAGAAGGAGCCUGGGAGCCAGCCCCGAGGGGACGGACACAGACGCUCAGCCGGGGAGCGAUGCCUUCAGCUGGCGGCCGGGCCGCCUCCGCGCCCGGGGUGCUGCUCCUGGCUCUGGUGGUGCACGGCAACUUCGGGCGCUGCGUAGCAGGAAUUGAGUAUGGCGAUGUGCUUCCAGAUUCCUUCCCGUCAGCCCCUGCAGAGACCCUCCCCCAUUUCCUACUGGAGCCGCAAGAUGCAUACAUUGUAAAGAACAAACCUGUGGAGUUGAUCUGCAGAGCCAACCCAGCCACUCAGAUUUACUUCAAGUGCAAUGGCGAGUGGGUGAAUCAGAAUGACCAUCUCACUAAGGAGAGCCUGGAUGAGGUGACUGGGAUCCUGGUGCGGGAGGUCCAGAUUGAGGUCUCCCGGCUGCAGGUGGAGGAGCUCUUUGGUUUAGAAGAUUACUGGUGUCAGUGUGUGGCAUGGAGUUCUGCUGGGACCACGAAAAGCCGAAGGGCCUACGUCCGGAUAGCGUACCUGAGGAAGAACUUUGACCAGGAGCCUCUAGGGAAAGAGGUUCCACUGGAACAUGAGGUGUUACUGCAGUGCCGCCCCCCAGAGGGGGUGCCAGCGGCAGAGGUGGAGUGGCUGAGGAACGAGGAUGUUAUUGACACCACCCGAGACACCAACUUCCUGAUAACCAUAGAUCAUAACCUCAUAAUCAAGCAGGCCAGGCUUUCGGACACCGCCAACUAUACCUGCGUGGCCAAGAACAUUGUGGCUAAGCGCCGGAGCACCACAGCCACUGUCAUCGUCUAUGUGAAUGGUGGCUGGUCCACCUGGUCAGAAUGGUCUCAAUGCAACAACCGCUGUGGCCGUGGCUGGCAGAAGCGCACCCGGACCUGCACCAACCCAGCACCUCUCAAUGGCGGCUCUUUCUGUGAGGGGCAACCCUUCCAGAAAAUGGCCUGUACCACGAUGUGCCCAGUAGAUGGAGCCUGGACAGAGUGGAGCAAGUGGUCAGCGUGCAGUACGGAGUGCACCCACUGGAGGAGCCGGGAAUGCACUUCCCCAUCGCCAAAAAACGGAGGCAAGGACUGCAGCGGAGUGUUGCUGGAUUCCAAAAACUGCACUGAUGGGCUGUGCAUGCAAAAUAAAAGAGUUCUAAGCGAACCCAAAAGUCACUUGUUGGAAACCACGGGGGAUGUGGCCCUGUACGCCGGUCUGGUUGUAGCCAUCUUUGUUUUCAUCGUCAUCCUGAUGGCCAUCGGAGUGGUUGUGUACCGGCGCAGCUGCCGGGAUUUCGACACUGACAUUACAGACUCCUCAGCUGCCCUGACUGGAGGCUUUCACCCAGUCAACUUCAAGACCUCCAGGCCACAUCUGGACAAUCCCCAGUUGUUGCACCCUUCAAUGCAGCCUGACCUAACAGCCAAUGCCGGUGUAUAUCGUGGCCCAAUGUAUGCCCUGCAGGACUCCUCUGACAAGAUCCCAAUGACCAACUCCCCACUGCUUGACCCACUCCCAAACCUAAAGAUCAAAGUGUACAACUCCUCCACAGCAUCCUCCUCCCCCAGGCUGAAUGACGGGGCAGACCUGCUUGGGGCAGUGCCCACGGGCACCUACCCAGGGGACAUUGCCAGGGACAAUCACUUUAUGAACAUAAGGAACAAGGCCAUGGGCUCUCAGCAUCUCCUCACCCUGCCCCGGGAGCAUGGGAACAGUGCCACUGGCACAUUUGGCUGCUUGGGAGGAAGGCUCACUAUCCCGGACACAGGAGUGAGUCUGCUGGUGCCUCAUGGAGCAAUCCCACAGGGGAAGUUCUACGAAAUGUACCUGAUCAUCAACAAGGCAGAAAACACACUCUUACCUUCAGAAGGCACACAGACAGUAUUGAGUCCCAUGGUGACCUGCGGACCCACUGGGUUGCUCUUGUGUCGUCCAGUCAUUCUCAGCAUCCCCCAUUGUGCGGACAUCAACUCCUCAGACUGGAUUUUCCAGCUGAAAACACAAUCCCACCAAGGAAACUGGGAGGAAGUUGUGACCCUGGAUGAGGAGACCCUGAACACUCCCUGCUACUGCCAGCUUGAGCCGAAGUCUUGCCAUGUUUUAUUAGACCAGCUUGGCACCUAUGUUUUUGUGGGAGAGUCCUACUCCAGGUCAGCCAUCAAGAGACUCCAGCUGGCUAUCUUUGCCCCUACCGCCUGCACCUCAUUAGAAUACAGCCUCAAAGUGUACUGCUUGGAGGACACACCAGAUGCACUGAAGGAAGUGUUCGAACUGGAAAAGACACUGGGUGGCUGCCUGAUAGAGGAACCCAAGCCACUAGUCUUUAAGGACAGUUAUCACAACCUACGCCUCUCCAUCCAUGAUAUCCCCCACUCGCUGUGGAAGAGCAAGCUGCUGGCUAAAUACCAGGAAAUCCCUUUUUAUCACAUCUGGAGUGGCAGCCAGAGGGCUCUGCACUGCACCUUCACCCUUGAGAGAUACAGCCUGGCUUCCACAGAGCUCACCUGCAAGAUCUGCGUCCGGCAGGUGGAAGGGGAAGGACAGAUAUUCCAGCUGCACACUACACUCGGAGAGAAUGCCAGCUCCUUUGAUGCCUUCUCCUUGCACCAUGGCAGUGCUGUGACUACCCAGCUGGGACCCUAUGCCUUCAAGAUUCCGCUAUCCAUCCGGCAGAAAAUCUGCAACAGCCUUGAUGCCCCCAAUUCAAGAGGAAAUGACUGGAGACUUCUUGCUCAGAAACUUUCCAUGGAUCGGUAUCUGAACUACUUUGCCACCAAAGCCAGCCCAACAGGGGUGAUCCUGGACUUAUGGGAAGCCCAGCACCAAGAUGAUGGUGAUCUCAAUACCCUGGCUAGUGCCUUGGAAGAGAUGGGCAAGAGCGAGAUGCUGGUUGUCAUGGCAACAGAGGGGGACUGCUGAUGUUACUUUCAAGUAGCUGAUAGUCUUCAGGCAAUGGAUGAGAAGGACAGAGUGGAGGGGGGAGAGAAGGAGGAAGAAGAAAACUAGUGAACAGCCUUUCCUGAACUGGUGGGGAAGGGUUGCGGGGACGGGGCCAAUUUCUACUUUGUGUCUGGUGGGUUGCUGAUCUGUAGCUAACAAGGAGGGGUAAAGGUAAACUCCUUCUCCCACUCCUCCCUCACCAAGUCACUAUCCGCCUUAGAGAUCCAACCACACCGUUUACAAGCAAUCCAAGUGUUAAACAGGCUCUCUCCUCCUCCUCCUAGCCAUCCUCCGGAGUGCGUCACAAGAGCAGUGCAUCUUUGUUGACCAUGAUGACAGCCAUUGGUGGAAGUGGGCAGCUGCUUCUGCCACAGCAUGCAGGAAUAUAGGGCUUCUAGAGUCUGGGUUGAGGUUUAUUUUUGUUUCAUUUAUUUGGGUUUUCUUCUCUCCUCCCCCCCCCCCCCCCCCCCCCCCGGUUCUUCUACUUUUAUGGCAUUUAUGCUUAGAAGACUCAAGUACAAUCUAGCCAAACUGCUUACUUCUCUCAAAUGCUUCAGACAGCUUAUUAAGGGGAAAAAAGGGAAAAAAACCACAGUUUCUUAGGAAACGCAAAUAAUUUAUUAUCCAGAUCUUUGGAUGAGUCCUUUUUAAAAAAACAAAAACAUUAAGUCUUUUGUGUGUGAGCAACAGCAUCAGUCCGCUUUGUGUGAGAAUGAGAGAGAGAGAGAGAGAGAGAAAGAGAGCUUUAAAGUAAAACACUUGUGAAAAUUAGUAAUGAAAACACACACACAAAAAGUCAAGAACAACUUGUUUCCAUAUCUCUGGACCCUUGCUGAAGUCAGAUUGGUUCAGUGCCUAUAGACCCAUGUCGCACAGAAAGGGCAAGCUGAGCCCUCUUUGUAACAUCUUGUUUGCAAAUUCUCCCUUAUGGCUGCAGCACAAUGCAAGGAGGCCACUUAAGCAACCAGCUCACAGAAGAACAAACCCAUUUCUGGGAACAAGGUUAAAGGGACAUUGUCGCUGUUUUCGUGGUUUUCUUCAAAUGGCAACUGAAGUCCUCAGCAUUGUUACAGAAGCUGAAACCUCACACAGCCGUCUCCCCCCCUCUUUUCAGAGGUGGUUCCCUCCCAACCCUGUCUCAUCUCUGUUUGAAUCAGAGGGAAGAACGUGGCUUCAGAGCGUUAGCUUCUUUUUGGGUGCACCAGUGUCAUCGUUUCAAUGGAAUGAUAAUGAACAAAGGAAACUUUCAGCUGCAUAUCAGGGGAAAAUGUGUUCAUUGUUGGAGUGUGGAAGUCUCUCCCAGAAGAAGCAGUAGACACCCUCAAAUGUGAGAUGUUUAAAACUAGACUGAAAGGAAUACUCCUGCACUGGCAGGAAACUGGACAAGAUGAGCACUACUGGUAAUAGUGGUAAUGGGCCUUUUCCUAGUUCCUAUGCAAGCAGUACAGCUCUGGGAGUUUCCUUUGUUAGAAAAUUCACUAAACACACAGCCAGUAAGGGGAGGACAAGAGCUACGGUAGCAGUUUGUUUGGUUGGUUUUUCUUCUCCUGAGUUAAACCAACCUAUGGUUUAUGUGGCUUGUUUAGGAGGGAAAGUUAAUGCUUUGGCACAGUGGUGAAUUAAUUGAAAGCAAGUUAGGAUCUAUGGGACAGCCUCCGUCAGAUUAUUACAAUUACGGGGUGGGUCACAUUUUGGAGCCCAGAGUAUUUAAGAUCUGUAUUUUUAGGGGGAAAUUCUUUUAGGACAUUUGGGAAAGAAUGAAACUUGUUAGGAUAAAUAGACCUUCAUAUCAACAAUGUAAAUACACACACUCACUGAUACAGUCGUGCACUAACACACAGCAACAUGCCACUAUCCAUAAGCCAAGACUGUAAAAAAUGGGAGCCUAAAGUUAGGCUUCUAAAUCUAUAUUUUGGCACUUUAAACAAGUGGUUCCCACUGGGAGGAGUGUUGAGUAAGAAGGGGUUAUUUUUACAAAGCAAGGUCCAGUGGCCUGGGAUAUAGAGGGCUAGUUUGAGGACCACAUCAUUUUAAAGUCCUCAUAAUCAAAUCCAUCUUUUGACUCAAUCUUACUUUGAUAAAUGGAUUGAAAUAUUCUUGGGCUGAACCCUGGCUGAGAGACCAUUACAGUUGUGCAGCAAGUGGGAGAGGAGUUUGGCAUGGUCAUGCAGUGGUCAAUGAUCUGUAAGAGAGAGUAAACAGCACAUUAAUGAAAUUCACAGAUGAUACCAAACUAGAAUGUGUUGCAAAUACCAGUGAAGAAAGAGACCUAAUACAAAGAGAACCUAGUGAGAUUAGAAACAUUGUCUGAAGAUAGCAAUAUGAGAUUAAAAUUGGAAAAUGUAGCUGUUUUAUCUGCAGAAAAAGAUAAUCUGAAACACAAACUCAUUGGGAAAAAGAAACCUGGCAGGCACUAAUGCUAAAUGAAAUUGUGGGAGGGGGAGAUAGGAGAACACUGCAAAUUCAACAUUUGCAGCACUAUGUGGCAGCAAAAAUUAUCAAUGCAACACAAUGGCAUAUGCAGUCAGUAUUGAGUCAUGAGGUCAUAGUGCUUUUUACAGCUACUGCUGUGGCAUAUUGCAUGCAGUCCUCAGUGCAACAGUUCCAGAAAUACAUUGACCCAACUGUAAGGAGAUAGGAGAAGGGCAAUAAAAAUGAUUAGGCGUUUGAUGGAGAGACUGACUGAGAAAAGAUUGAGAACUAAGAACCGACUCCUCAGGGCUUCUCUACACUUAAUAAAAUGAAUUUGGAGUAAAGCAGGGUGUGAAUUUAAAGUGCAGUAACGAUUCCUGAAUAACUCCAUGUGUAGACAAGCUGGUGUAAAUUACCAUAACUCCAUUGACUGCAGUGGAGCUGCAUCGAUUGAGGAUCUGGCCCAUAAUAUGUCAAACUUGACUGAAGGGUGUAUACGUCUACACAUAUUUGAGGGGUGUAAUCACCAAGGAGGGGAAGAUGAACUAUUGAGGGUGGCACAAGCAGAUGUAAGUAGGAGUAAUGGAGAAAUUGAGAAAAGGUGAGGAAAAUUCCUAACUAAUAUCUAUUAGGCUGGGGAAUUUGUGGAUCAUUUAAAAUUACACUGGACAAAUAUUAGAAUAUGUAUAGUAGAAAACAGUCCCUCACUGAUCUGUCUGGGUAACCUAAUUUGUUCUGGAAGGAUGGCAUGGAGCUCAGUGGUUCUCCCUCUUCAAACUUAGCAGUUCCUUUCUUUCCUUCUUUUCUACAUUAAAAGGGCUCUGUUGAAGUGAAGGUUGGUUACAUAACAAAGCUGAUUUUAAUUAAGGGGUAUCCAUGAACACAACAUAAGUUUCAUCUCCAGGAUGUGGUAUUUUAAUGAAGGGAAAAUAUUCUGAAGGGUACUUUGAAUAGCCACAAAUGGAAAUAUUUUACUCUGGUUGCUGCCUCUUAAAAGUUUCUCCUCCAGGAUAAACACGUUGUGACACAAACAACAACACAGCAUCAUAUUGGUGAUGCUACUGCAUCUGCUCUGAAAUCCCCAAUGCACUUACCACAAGAUCUUUGUGGCCAGUAAUUUAAAACUGUACAGAAUACAGUGAGCUUCCCAUCAUGCAUUACCCCAUUCUCCUCCCUCCAGUCCACCAUCUGUGGUAUGGCUAUGUAGCUAAAGAAAAAGUAAACACAAACUCAGGGAGCCAGCGCAUAAUAAAAGAAGACAUUGCCCUUACAAAGUAAUUUGGUAUUUCCUCAGGAUCUAAACCUCCAGUUGCCUAAUUCUUUGGCACACAAGUACUUGGAAGCCUGUUUCCAUCUCUAAUGCUUCCAAAUUGACAGCAGACAGUAGGAAAAGGGACCCAGAGGGGAGAACACUGGCAAUGCUUGUUCAUCUACUUAAACAACCACAUUGGGAGUGGAUGGAUUCAUUGUACAAAGGUACCAUACAGUGGCAGAACAAAUUAACCCCAGUCUUGAAACUUCUUGAAAAGGACAGUCUCAGAGCUUGGAUGCUGGCCUACAUGUAGGAGAGGCUGUACCUUCUUGCCUGAUUUGUCAGAUGGAAGCAAUUCUGGGUUUUUUGUUUUAAAAUACUGGGACCAUUUUUAUGGUGAAAACACAGUCUGUUUUCUUCAGAAGUCCUUGUAUAAAGAGUUUUUUUGCUAGCACUUCAGCCAUUUUCUCCUAGGUAUACACUUGUGUUGUGAAAUUGUGUCAUUCAUGUAAUUCACAAACAGAAACAUCUUUUGUUUCACACCCAAAAUGUGCAUUAACUAUUAUGUAUAUUAAAUUUCACUUCCCCCUUUUUUAAUUGCAAAAAGCCUUUAAAACCUGGAAGUCUGUGUAUAUCUGUAGGUAAUAUACAGAUCUGGAUAUGUAUCCAAAGUUUUGGAUGUGUAUCUUAAUGAAACUUUUUAAUCCUCUGAGUCUCAAAACUGACUAUUUGGAUAGAUCAAAUGCUCCAGUGUAGCUGAAAAUAUUUUUGUGUGGCUGUUUUAAAAAAUUUACAAACCAAAAAAACUUCUUAAAGCAAACAGUGUGACUACACGGUACUCAGGAAGUUUGACAAACAUGACCUUUCUCUAUCACAAUCCCAUUUCACAAUGCUGGGGUCUGUGUUGGGAGGAGAGCUCCACGCUUAUCUGACAUUUCAUUGUGUUAUUACGUCAACAGGGUUUUCAGUGUGUUGUGUUGACUUGGCUAGAAACUGAGGGCCUGAUCCAGUUCCCCUAAAAGUCAGUGAAUAGACUCCCAUUGAUUUUGGUGGGAGUUCAAUAUGGUUGUAAUAUAGAGAGAGUUCUACCAGUCUGUGUGACUCCAUUUCAUAACCUGAUUUCUUGAAAUCUUGCUUGUAAUCUGAACAAAAUAAGCAAAUAUGGGAAGUAAUGUAGGAGGUGAUAAAGCACUCAGCUAAUACAUGGACAUUUUAACAUUUUCAAAG